GAGAGAACCCCGUUGACGUAAUUAGCAAACAACAUUGGUAAUUAAACAAUUAAAUGGAGAAACAGCACAGUUUGGCUCUGAGCUUACAAGAAAAAAUAUCAUUUUAGUAAAUUGUUAAAUUGCAUUAGAACAUCUGUAGGAAAGUAGGAUUUGUUUUUACAAACUCAACCCAAAUGGGAUUAAAUUUUAUUUCUGUGCAUACCUAUACAUUGUCCACUAAUUACUGAUUGGCAGGAUUAAGCAAAAUGGUGCCAUACAUAGUGUUUGGAUUUAUUUUACUUCUUUUGCGGAUUGAUGGAGCAUCUUCUGCUUGUGGUGAAUGUUGCCCUCCAUCUAAUAUCAGAGUAGAAUCCAGCAUAUGUCUCAGUGAAUGCUUUGAUUGGAAGACAUCAUUCUCUGAGCAGGACAGUAAAAUAAAAUCAACCGUGGAGUUACUAGAAACAUUCAAUACAAAUUUUGGUGAUUUAAGAACUGAGCUCACCAGCCAAAUUGAUGAUCUUAACACUAUGACAUCUCAAAUUCAAAGUCAAAUUGAUUUUCAAAAUGAGGCUGAAGAAGGAAUUGAUGAACAAAUUGAAGUGCUUGCUGAUGUUCGUGAAGUUUUAGAAAACAACAGUCUCUCUUUGUCUCUAACAUUAGAUGAAAUAGAAUCAGACGAAGUUUCUAACAUGGAAGAGGAAAAUGAAAACCAGGAUGUUCUCACAUCUACGUGUCAACAGAUGUCUUUUAAUUAUACCAACAAACUUUCAACACACUUUAAUGCAUUGGGGGAUUUUCUCACGAUUUUGAACACAUCGACAGUAUUAACAUCCUCAGAAACCAUUGAAAAAUUGGAAACUGCUUCAGAACUUUACGAUUCUCUUAUGGCAGCAGUUACAACUGAGAAUAACGGACAAGUGAAAAGGUUGGAGGUCUUAUCUAAGAGAGCGAAGGAUGUCAACACGCUAGUUGACAGGGUGAAUAAAAAUUGUCCGGCAGGAUCUGACCAAAACGAGCAAAUGGUUCACUGUUGCGCAGAUAUCUAUACAUCAACCAAAGCUGCAGGUAAUACACCAACUGAUGGCAUCUACUCUAUCGAACUUGAAGGAGAACAAGUGCAAGUCUACUGUGAUAUGACGACUGAUGGUGGAGGCUGGACGGUUUUCCAAAGACGAGUAUCCAAUGCAGAGGGUUUUGAUAAAGGAUGGGAAGAAUAUGUGAAUGGAUUUGGUAAUCUCAAUGAGAACUUCUGGAUGGGACUUGAACUGAUGCAUUCCAAGACAAAGAGCAGCGAUUAUGUGCUUAGGAUCGAUAUGGAGGCAUUCGACGGCUCAAAGGCGUUCAUCACGUAUGAUGGAUUCGGCAUUUCAGAUGCCAGGCGAAAGUAUGCAUUGGAUUACAGGGCAAAAGUCAAUGGAACAGUUGAUAAUUCAUUGGCACCAAAUAAGCCGUUCACGACAAAGGACCAAGACAACGAUAAGCACGAAGAGAACUGCGCCCUUCGCCGCGGUGAAGGGGCAUGGUGGUAUAAUGGCAAAUGUGGCCCGUCUAGUUUGAACGGGCCAUACGUUGAUGACCCAGGGCAGACAGAAAAAUUUCAGGGGAUUAUUUGGAAAGCAUUUCAAGGAACAGUCAAGUCUUUGAAAUUUACAGAAAUGAAAUGUCGUCCAGAAACUUUUACACCAGAAGUUGUUUUGGAGGAGCAAAAAUGAUUGGACAUUUCGUAAAACAGCCAUGUUAUACGGCCCAAUGUUGACAUUAAUAUCAUUUUGUUCUGACUUUAAGUGUAGAAUGCCAUCUUGAAAAGUCAUUGCACAAUAAAUGUAUAUGGUUGUUAAAACAAA